ACCACUCGCUUCAUCAGGUCAUCUCCAACCACACAACCGAAGCAUCACACACUGCAAUCUGCAGAAGCAGCUACCGACUCUCGAGAGCUUAGCUGAGGCCGUCAGUUUCUGUGCACGCGUACGCCGAGAGAGGCCAGAGGGAAAGUUUUGCUCUGCUGACCAGAUCAUCAGGAAGCAAUGGAGAUGUACAUGGACGACAAGCAGUGGGCGAAGCUGUCCUCCGGCUCCAAGAAGAAGGGGAGCCGGAGGUCGGCGGCGGUGGCGCCGGCGGCAGCCGACGAGGGGAGCCCGAGAGGCGUCAAAGCCCGGGCGGCGUCGAGGGGCCUGGCGGCCAGGUCGUCGGUGCCGGGGCGGCUGGCCAGCAUGGUGAGGGAACAGCGGGCGAGGUUCUACAUCAUGCGCCGCUGCGUCACCAUGCUCGUGUGCUGGAAGGACUAGCACUACACUAGCUGCUGCUUCUGGGCUUCUGGCUGACACCGCCAGAAGGCUGUGGGCUUGUAGGGCCGGGUCGGGCCGGCCCAUCAUGCGCUCUACAGAAGCAACGGGCCCUGAUGGGCCCAGCCCAACCUGAGGGAGAGAGAGAGGGAGAGAUGUGCCUAUGUUUUCUGUGGCCAUCCUGUGGAUCCUUUUUUUUUAUGGCGUCAUCCCGUGGUUCCUGAUAGUGUUUGUAGUGUGUCAACAUGCACCCUGUUCUGCUGGCUGGUGCUGAAAUGUUGUGAGAGAAAAUUACUGCUGGCUGGCUGGUGCUGGAAGCUAAUGCUGGAAUGUUGUGAGACGAAAUUACUGUUGGCUGGUGCUGGAGCAGAACAGCAGAACAGGGUCAAUAGCUUGGAUUUAAUUGCUGCCUGAAGCGCAGCAUUGUUGUAAAAAUGCUAAGCCAUUGUUACUACUAGUUUCAUGAACA